UGUGUGUGUAUUAUCUCUGGAUUUCUACUUUCCUCCGUUGACAGAAACACAGAGGCGCUGUAUCUAGUAAGGGGGUCUAGGGCACAAGUUAUAUUAACAGAGAGCUCAAGGUGUUACUUCAUGUUGCGGGCUGUUUUUACUCAAGGCGGAAUCCUGUUCAGAGAGAGAGAGAGGACAGGACGAGAGAGAGAGAUUCUGCUAUGAGCUAUGAACGGAUUGAAAUAAUAAGUUCAUUGUGAUUUUCGGGGGUGAUAAACAUUUUGACAUUCUGCAGCGAGCCGGAGAAAGUAAAAAUCACGGACGGAAGGAGGGAGCAUUGCAGAACCUGGUUUCACACGCACGGAUUGACCAGCCGUUCGGGCUCGUCUAUAUAACGGAUUUAUUUCACUUUAGCGAGGAUUUAUUACCGACGACUUGCGAUGUGGAGAGUACGAGUGGUGUGUUGCACUUUAUCGGUGUUGUCCCUGUCAUGUGGAGGAGAUGUCAAAGCGAAAACGUGCAGUGAUGUUAGACAAGCUUUCGCCGCCAAAGGCUUCACUCUUGUCAAUGUACCUCAUCAGGAAAUGUCAGGUGAACACCUGCGUGUGUGUUCUCAGGGCUACACCUGUUGUACGUCCGACAUGGAGGAGAAACUGGGGCAGCAGAGCAAGCUGGAGUUUGAGAACCUGGUGGAGGACACCAGUCAAACACUCAGGACAACCUUGGUGUCCAGACAUCAACAGUUUGACGAGUUCUUCCUGGAGCUCCUAGACAACAGCGAGAAAUCCCUGAAUACCAUGUUCACUCGGACCUACGGGAAGCUGUACAUGCAGAACAGUGAGCUGUUCCAGGACCUGUUCACUGAGCUGAAACGCUACUACACCGGAGGGAACGUCAACCUGGACGAGACGCUGAACGACUUCUGGUCCCGUCUGCUAGAGAGGAUGUUUCAGCUGCUGAACUCUCAGUACCACUUCACCGACGACUACUUGGAGUGCGUCAGUAAAUACACCGACCAGCUGAAGCCUUUCGGUGACGUGCCCAGGAAACUAAAAGCCCAGGUCACGAGGUCCUUCAUCGCUGCAAGGACCUUCGUCCAGGGCCUCAUGGUGGGCAGGGAGGUGGCGAACAGGGUGGCUAAGGUGAAUGUGGCCCCCGUCUGCAUUAGAGCCCUGACUAAGAUGCUCUACUGUCCGUACUGCAGGGGCCUCCCUGGGCUGAAGCCCUGUCAGAACUACUGCCAUAACGUGAUGAGAGGCUGUCUGGCUAACCAGGCUGACCUGGACCCUGAGUGGAACCUCUUCAUAGAUGCCAUGUUGCUGGUAGCUGCCCGGUUGGAGGGGCCCUUCAACAUCGAAGCCGUCAUUGAACCGAUAGAUGUCAAGAUUUCUGAAGCCAUCAUGACCAUGCAAGACAACAGCAUGACCGUUUCAGCUAAGGUGUUCCAGGGGUGUGGUCAGCCCAAGCCGUCUGGGAUGGCCGGCAGCAGAUCAACCAGGGGAAUCUCUGAUGUCUUCAACGCCCGCUUCAGACCCUACAGCCCAGAGGAGAGGCCCACUACGGCCGCUGGCACCAGCCUGGACAGACUGAGGAUAGUGUGGAGGACAAUGCAACACGGCGUUCUAGACAUUAAGAAGAAGCUGAAACAGUCCAAAAGGUUCUGGUCCAACCUGCCGGAUGAGAUCUGUACUAAAGACAAGUUGACCGAGCCAGAUGAAGAGCAGUGCUGGAAUAGUCACGCUAAGGCCAGGUAUUUUCCUGAGGUGGUGAAAGACGGCCUCACCAACCAGCUGAACAACCCUGAGGUCGCGGUGGACAUCACUAGACCGGACACUCUGAUUCGCCAACAGAUCAUGACGCUCAGGGUGAUGACGAACAAGCUGAAAAACGCCUACAACGGAAACGACAUUUUCUUUCAGGACUCCAGCGACGAGGGCAGCGGUAGCGGUAGUGGCUGUCCAGAGCGAUGUACCACAGAGUUUGUGUUUGUGGGUUCGGAGUCCCCCGUGGUCGGAGCGGACAGGAGCGACGAGCGAGUUUCGACUGCAUCAGGCAGCGCCUCGCAUCCGUCCAGAACUUCUCUACCGCUGCUACUGACCUUCUCUCUCACGGCGCUGUCCUGGUCCAGGAGAUAAUAAUACCAGCCGGGCUGAGAGGACCACCCCGCCGCUACGACCUCUGGCACCAAUCAGACAGCCAGCCAGCCGGUCGGGGUACUGACUGUUAGAGUUCUCUAACCAGAACCGGACUCGUACUACCCUUUCGGACCCUUUCGG